AUGUCAAGGCAUUUAAAGAAGUGCCCUAGACUGAAGAUGCAAGAUGUGGGGAAACUUUUGUUAUCUACAAAUAAUGGAGAACUGGCUACUCGUGCACGCAAAAUAGAUCAAUCAAAGUUUCGGGAUUUAGUUGCAAGACUAAUUAUUGGUAAAAAUCUCCCCUUUAAUUGUGUAGAAUGGACUAAAUUUAGGGAGUUAUGUAGUUAUCUGAAUGUCGAUGUUGAAACCAUAUCAAGGAAUACUAUAAGGCCUGAUAUUCUUAAAAUGCAUAAGUUCCAAAAAGAAGUUAUUCGCAAGAAAUUACAAUGUGCUCCAGGUAAAAUAUGUCUAACAUCAGACAUGUGGACCUCCGUCAACACCACUGGAUACAUAAGUUUAACAGUACACUUUGUUGAUCAAGAUUGGGUAUUGCAGAAGUUUCUUUUAAAUUUUUCUCCACUGCCACCACCCCAUACUUGUCAAACACUUUCAGAUAAGUUAUUUCUGAUGUUAAAUGAUUGGGGAAUUGAAGGAAAAUUAACCAGCAUCACUUUGGAUAACGCUGCAUCAAAUACUUCAUGUGUUAAGAUAAUGAAGAGUCGACUCAUUGCAAGGAAUGUUAUGUCGGAUACUGGGAAAAGAAACUUUCAUAUAAGGUGUUGUGCUCACAUAAUAAAUCUUAUUGUAAGAGAUGGACUGACAGAGAUUGAUCCAGCAGUAAUCAAGAUAAGGUUAGCAGUGAAGUACCUUAAAGGUUCACAAAGAAGAAAACAAAAUUUCUUGGAUACUGUCAGCGAUUUAGGAAUGUCAGUAAAGAUGGGUGUUCGACAAGAUGUUAAGACAAGAUGGAAUUCUACUUAUCUUAUGUUGCAAAGUUGUAUUUCGUAUGAAAAAGUCUUCACUCAUUUGAGGUUAGUGGACCCUGACUAUGCAGAGUCUCCUAAUGGGGAAGAAUGGGAGCAAAUCAAAAUUAAAGUAUUAUUAGAUCAAGAGACAACUAAUGACAUUGAGUUCAUCAGAAACAUGGCGAAGAAAAUGCAAGAAAAAUUUGCCAAGUAUUGGAAAAAAUUGAGUCCAAUAUUGGCAAUGGCAGUCGUUUUAGACCCUCGAUUGAAGUUUGAAUUUGUAGAGUUUACUUUAGAAAAAGUGUAUCCUGUUGAGCGUGAAAUGAAGAAGGAAGUUGAUAUUAUUAGAAAAAGGAUGGCGGCACUCUAUAAAGAGUAUCAUACGGCGUCAACUUUAAGAGGUUCGACAACCAAUGGAACUCAGAAUUCGGGUACUGUAAAUGGUGGGAAUUCUGGACGCAAUGAAAGUGCUUUUAUGCAGGAAUUUGCCGCGGCAAAAAAAAUGGUGGUCAACAAUCUGACAAGUCAGAACUAG